CAUGAAAGAGGAACCAAUGGAUUCCUUGGCCUCUCCUGUUCGCCUCAGGGCCAUGCUUGCCAUUAAGCACCUGAGCAAGGUGAAACCCUCACUAAAUCUGAAUGAAAACAGAAACAUCUUGGAUGACUGCUUAAAAUGCCUGCUGCCUCUUCCAGCUGUUCAGCAGCUGAGGGAAGAGGGUGAGAUCUCUCAGGACUCCGUUCAAAUACAGGCACUGCACGAGUUGUCCAUGCAGGCCUUGGGUGAGCUCAUGAGGGGCCUCCUUGAAGAAGACCCCACUGAGAAUUGGUUCAUGGAAAUGUUCCUUCUGCUUGAGCCAUGGAUCUUCUCCGAUAAGGAGUGGAAGAAAGAUAGGGCCUCGCAGGCCAGCUCUCAGCUGCUUGUUGCCUAUCGGGAGACAGUCUAUUGCAGACUACAAGAGCCUUUUGAGCAGUUUGGGUCCCUGCUGGGGCUGCUGGCGCCAUACACUUGUGACUCUCUUGCCACAUCCCACCUGUGGGCCGCCGACUGCAUUGUCUGCCUUCUGCGCCUACAAGACCAGUCCAGGACAAUGGAUGCAGCAGAGAAGAAGCUGCGAGGUCUCCGGGAAGAGCUCAAAGCUGCCAGCCCUGAGGCUGUGCUUACAUCAUCCUCCCAAAUGGCGAAGGUCAUUGGCAAAUACUUGCCCUCCAACCAGACCCUUGAUUUUGUGGGGACAAUAAUGGAUGGCAUGCUGUCUGCCAGCCCCACAUGUGCCACAGCAGCAGGCCACUGGUUCCAUACAAUCCUGAGGGAGAAUGGAGAUGCCCUUCUGGAUGAGGUGCCGGACAUCCUGGGCACCAUCUUUAUUCGGAUGCCAACAAUGCAGGAGAGGUCCAUGCGAGGCUUCCUGUUAGAAGGCGUUGGCAUUCUCGCUGUGUUCCACCUAGAGGCAGUGACCAGCAGCCUCCUUGCCAAGCCUCUGCCAAUGGACAGUGACACCUCUGAGCUCUGGAGGGCCUUGGGGGGGGGGAUGAUUUCUCCACCCGCCAUAUACUCCAGUUGCUUACGGAGAAGAUCCAGCAUCCAGCCGGCACAGAAGGGAGCUCAUCUGAGGGCACCGCAGCCCAGGGACCUCUCGCAGCAACAUGUGCAUCCCUGGAGAUGCUGACUACGAUCCAUUCCAGCCCAGUCCUGAGGGAGCUACUCCCCGGGCUCCUGUGUGCUCUUCUAGAGCAAGUUGUCCGUACCGUGGG